CCUUAACUCAGUUGAAUGAAUUAAGGGCUAGCUAAAUCUUUGUUAGCUGUUCCCAUGUGACGUGUCGCAGCGUGUAAUUUGAACAGACUGCCCUGCCAGCAGUCUUUCUUGAAACACAAAAUAUGAACAUUUCGGAGUCGGCUACUAAGUAACCGGCGAAGUGACUUAACCCGAGGAAUCACCUGGUUCACUACACGACGUCGAGUCUCUCACCAAUGGCGCUAAAUGGCAUCAAAGUAGUAGAAUUUGCAGGCCUAGCACCGGGUCCAUUCGCGGGUCUGGUACUUGCUCACUAUGGGGCAUCUGUCAUACGUAUUGAUCGCCCUUCCUCGACUACCAGAGAUCUGCUUUGCGCAGGAAAGCGGUCCAUUGUGUUGGAUAUGAAGACUGCGAGCGGAUUGCGAGUCACGAAGAACCUCAUCGCUCAAGCAGACGUCCUCAUCGAUCCAUUCAGACCUGGGGUGCUUGAGACGCUUAGCCUCGGUCCUGAGGUGUUUCAUACAAGUGACAAGCGGAAAGGCCUGAAUGACAAACUUGUAUAUGCCAGGCUCGCAGGGUUCCCAAGAAAUGGCACGCACUCUGCCAUGGCUGGUCAUGAUAUCAAUUAUAUUGCCCUUAGCGGCAUUCUCUCCAUGCUUCCGGGGACCACGGACAAGCCCGCUUUCCCUUUGAACCUAAUUGCCGACUUUGCUGGAGGCGGCCUAAUGUGUGCGAACGGUAUAUUGCUGGCUCUGAUCGAGCGAGGUCGGAGUGGCCGCGGACAGGUCGUGAAUGUGGACAUGGUUUCUGGUUCGCGUUAUGUAUCGUCUUUUCCACUUCUAAAUGCUGGGGGCGGCUUCUGGGAAGGACCGCGAGGCACGAAUACCCUUGACGGAGGCGCGCCAUUCUACGAUGUUUACACCUGCUCAGACGGAAAGUGGAUGAGCGUAGGGUGUCUAGAGCCCCAGUUCUUUGCUCAAUUUAUCAGCAAAUUCAACGGGGUCAUGAAAUCCAGUGGAGAACAAGGGAGCUGGUCACCGUCGCGGUCGACGCAGUUUACGAAGGAAGAUUGGCCUAAACUUCGCAAGUAUCUUGAAGACGGGUUCAGAACACAACCAAGAGACUUCUGGACGGAGGUGUUCCACGGCACUGACGCUUGUGCAGUCCCAGUCUUGUCUCCCACAGAAGCAGCCCAGCUCCUUGGAUCUCUCUACCCUAAACCUCAUCCGGAGCUCAGCAGAACACCGCCAUUACUUCUACAAGACGAAAUACAGACGUUAGAUCCAGGCAAGCACACUGCAGACAUUCUCAAAGAACUUGGACUGUCUGACGAGGAGAUGAGGCAACUUGUUACUGAGGGAGCAUUGGGUAAAGAAGCACGAGAACUAGAACGUCCUAAGUCGAAAUUAUGAAGAACAAAAUAUAACGUCUAGGGGACCGUGUCUAAAUGUUAAAUACUCUGAA